GUUAGUGUCAGCAUCGAAUUCAUGCUCGGUUGCCUUCAAAAUCUAGAUGUCGAAAAAAGGCAUGUAAAAAAGGGAUAACGGAGGUUUUUUACACUGGUGCUUCCAUGGGGCUUAUAUGAAAACAGGGCGAACAUUUUUGAAACGUACACAUGUCCCCUUCAGGUGUCGCCUUUGGUAAAGAAGUUAGUGAAAAUUGGUUAAACUUAUUUUACAAUCAAUUCCAAUGAAAAGGAAUAUUUAAAAUUGUGUGGUGUAGAAAAUGAAUUUAUCAAUCGGAUAAAAUUACGUUUUAAGAGCUGAGGGUCGUAGCUAGUAAUAUUAAACCGAAUAUUAAAAUACGAGGAAAUGUACAAUAGAAUCGUCAGUAGACUUAAGGUAUUUUUUGGUAUAUUUUUGAGGGCUGCCAUAUAUUUUAUCCAUAAGACCGCGAUAGAUCAGGUCACAAUGAAACACACUCAAACGAAGCGAAGCGUUGGUAUAAAAGUGACAAUUUAUUUUAAUGUAAGAAUUCCGAACCGAACGAAUGACAAAGUGUCUGCCGAUAUAGUGAAACAGUUGAAAGGCACUCGAUCCGAUGUUGAGGCUGCGACCACGACAAUUAAGCUGAAAUUCAAGGAAUUCAGCAAGGGCAUCGGGAUAAACAACGCCUCCUUUCCGCUAAGAUAUGAGUUGAGCGUGUUGCGCCAGCUGUGUCUCGCCUUGAAGGACAAUCUGCACCAGCAUGACGAUCUCUACUGCGACAUUGCGGCCACCAUGGUACCACACGUGGAGCCCUACGAGGAGAAGCCGAGCCUGUGGGAAGCUCAUCUAACGAGCCUGCGGUACAUACAUCAUGGGCUUUGUCAGGAGAAAUCCCUGACAGAAUGCCAGAAAAUGUACGGCCUAGUCCGAUCGCAGCCCUGCCGCCUGCAAGGGGAGGCUGACUACAAGUUUUAUUUGGACAUCCAUCUGACGCACUUCAAUGGCAUUCACUUGCAAAUGCAGAAGGAGACGUUGCCCAUCGCCGCCACAGAUCAACUAUAUUACGCCUUGGAGGCAAUGGGUGUCCUCUUUGACACCAUGCGCCAGCGUAAAGUGGCAAAGAAUGCGGCUCUCCUGGUCCAGCUGAAUGAUGCCCUGUUCAGCAAGCGAAGCAAAGCCUUUCUGAUGUACCUGAGCGCCCUUCCGCCCGAGAGCACGACGAAAAUGUACGACCCGCUUCUCAAGCUCCUGAGCUGCAGCUGGGCCACACCCAGCUCUGAGCUGACUACUCAAUUCACGGAGUAUCUGGGCCUGGUUCUGGCACUGAUGCAGAUCGACAUGUUUUCCAUAGAAGCGCCGCUCGAACAACAGCUGGCACUGAAGUUGCUGCGCAUUUGUCGCGACCUGUACAAGGACGUCUCGCCGCAGAACUACUCCAUCCAGCUCUUCUACUACUAUGUCAAGCUGUUGUACGUGCGCGAGGCUACGGCGGACUUCAAGCGGACUUACAUCGAUCUGUGCAAGAAGUUCGUCUACUUCUUCGAGCACAAGGGCGCGACGCACGCCAAAGAGCAGUGGUUCAUGGACCUGCUGGUGUUCUUCCAGCGCCUGCAGACGCUGCUUCAUCAGAGCAGCAACAAGCCUCCCUUAGACAUUUUUUGGCAGCAGCUCGAGGGCGACGACAGUCCCGAGGUAUACACCGCCCACUUUCAACUGCUGCAUGGCUGCCUUGGGCUGACGGUGAACGUAGUGAGGAGUCCGCUGGGGACCAGCUGCUCCAACGAGGCCUGUAAAAGCAUUCGCAGGCAUUGCCUUCUCUCCUUCGGGAUGUGCGCCCUGGAAGCUUACAUUAACUGGCGGCCGACGACCGAACAGAAGGCGGACAAGGCACCCCAUAAGCCGCUCUUGGGCAUUCUUGGCUACACCUUGGACGUGGCCAAGAGCAUGAAGUGCCUGGGGCCCUCCGCCAUGGAGCUAGUCAAGCUGGUGCGUCUACUGGCACUCGUGGCCGAAAAGGUAGCGUGUCCCGAACAAAUGUCCCUUGUGCUGGCCUUCUUGGAGCCCUUGCAACAUCUACAACCGCUCAUCACCAGCCAGGAUAUGCUUAGUGUGCUCCGGCGAAUCUACAAAGCCAGUGUCCACUGCAAUAGCUCCGACUUGGCCAACCGUCUGCAGUCCACCUACCUUGCGGCCCAAACGAAUCCCUCGCGGUUGCGUUCACAGCUCUUCGUCCACUACCAAUGCCAUACCAAUGCCAAUAAUACGGAGAAGUGCGUCUACGAGUGGCACGAGUCCAGUCCUAUGACCCAAAAGAAACAGCUAUACGAUGUGGAUCUGUUGGCCGUGCUGCACUUCCUGAGUGCGCCGCCCGUACCCCUGCUGCAGUCGCUACUACGCUGCCGUCACAAUGACUACCACCUGGUUCUCCUGGCACGCAAGAUGCGCACCGACAGCGAGGUGGUGCGUCAGUGCGAGGAACUGCGCUCCCAGCUGCAAAGCACGGCCCUCAAGCAACCGCUCAGCCGCAUGCAACAGCUGGCCAUUGGCCAUACCAGUAUCAGUGUGCUGCUGGAGGCUUUGGAGGCACAGAAGACAAAGUUCUCGAUCAAGGAGACGGCCGAGAACAGCCUGGAGGAGUUAAUCGUCAAGAACAACUUGCUGGGGCUCAACAUUAAGCGGGAGCAUCGCCUGGUGGAGUUUGCCACAUCAGCCAUCGCUGGCUUCGCGCCCCUCGACUGCGACGAUACACCAAUCGACUGGGAAGCCCUGAUCGACGAUGCAGUUGCUGCAGCCAUGGCUCUGUCCACCAUGGGCUACAUGGCGCAGGUCGAUGAAGCCUGGCUGCUGAUAAUCAGGAUUGGGCAAAUGCUGGACGAGAGAUUCACCUACCUGCGAGCCCUGACCCACUUCCUGGGACAAGACCAUCUGAAUUCUAACCAGCAGCUCCAACUCUCCGAGGAGGUGGAUCGAGCGCAGGAGCUGCUCGACGAUAUGUGGCCUCAGCUCCAAAACGGAUGGUUCUUUAAGCGCCAACAUACUAUAGUGAUGCUCUGCCUCUGCCACAUGGCCAGCUACUAUGCGCGGCAGGACUGUCUGUGCCACGCCCAGCUGCUGUUGCUGCAAGCCGAGGAGCUGCGCGCCCAGUUCGAUGAACGAGUGGGCAAGAGCGAUAUUGUGCAGAUCACAAUCCAGACAGUUCGCUUUCGAUUGGAGUACCUGCGGAAGAAGCGGUGCAGCAGCCUGCCUAGGAGGCCGACGCCCCUGCGACAGCUAGACACGUUGGUCGACAGCGUGCGCAACUACAGCACAGUGUCCAGCGUGGACCUGGGAGCCCUGCAGCUGUUGCUGGCUGACCUCGUGCGGGAGAGCAUCGGAUCAUCUUUGACUCCGGCUCCCUCUCAACUGAAACGAUCCCAAUCUGUGCCAGCCAAGGCCACAAAGACACGCUCCGCUAGAAUUGGUAGCCAACUAAAAGUACCAGAGAUCAUCGAAUUGGACGAUACCAUGGAUGAGACGCCUUCCACCUCAUCGGCAGCCUCAGUGAAGCGGUAUCCGACCAGUGAUGCAAGGAGCACUCGUGCCCGCAACAGGCAACUCGAGGAAACGCCAGCGACCACGCGGGGACGACCACGUCGGAAGGUACCGGAGCCUGCACCCCAGCAGGAGACAGUCAGCCUUAGGCGGCGACAAAGAAACUGA